AUGCGACUUUUGAAAUUCGACGCUCAUGGUGAGCUGAGCCUGACCAAAGACUUGAUCGACGACAUUCCACGCUACGCGAUCCUUUCCCAUACGUGGGGAGCAGAUGAUGAAGAAGUCACCUUUCAAGAUCUGAAAGAUGGAUCUGGCAAGAGCAAGGCCGGGUAUGAAAAGAUUCGGUUAUGUGGAGAACAAGCCCAGAAAGACAACCUGCAUUAUUUCUGGGUGGACACAUGCUGUAUCGACAAAGCCAAUCAUACCGAACUCGCAGAAGCUAUUAUCUCGAUGUAUGCCUGGUACCGUAGCGCGGAAAAGUGCUACGUAUAUCUCGAGGAUGUUUUGGUGGGGCUGGUUGACGACAACCUUCAAACCGAGCGAACAUGGGAAGCAGACUUUCGGAAGAGCCGGUGGUUUACACGGGGAUGGACGCUUCAAGAACUCCUUGCUCCGAAGUCAGUAGAGUUCUUUGCCCGAAGAGGAGCAUGGCUUGGUGAUAAACACACGCUGGAGCGGUUGAUCCACGAGGCGACCCAGAUUCCCCUCACUGCGCUCCGCGGCGUUCCUUUACUUACGUUCAGUGUGGAGGAGCGGAUGCGAUGGGCAGCGAAACGGAACACCAAAAGAAAGGAAGACAAGGCAUAUUGCCUACUGGGGAUUUUUAGCGUGUUUAUGCCUCCGAUGUACGGCGAAGGAGAGAACGCUUUCAUUCGACUGCAAGGCGAGAUCGAUCGGGGGUCGGGGAGUAAGGUCGAUUCGAGCAAGGUAUCCAGUGCCAAUGAUACUGGCCCGAUAUGGCAUGUCCCUUUUCGCCAAACAUCAGAAUUUGUUGGCCGUACAGAUGAACUGCAUCAUCUCCAAGGAAAGAUUGAGGAAUUCGGCAGCAGCCAAAUCGUAUCCAUCCUCGGUUUAGGAGGCGUUGGCAAAAGUCGUUUGGCGCUGGAGCUAGUCUACCAAAUCCGUUCAGAUCACCCACAGUAUUCGCUUUUCUGGAUCGAAGCCACAGAUCGGUUUACAUUUGAAAGGGAUAUGCUCGAGAUCGGGAAGCAGCUCAAAAUUCCGGGGAUUGAAGCCGCCAGCGCCGACGUCAAAACGCUAGUUAUGCAACGGCUUAACAAUUCUUCACAGGACAGAUGGCUCUUGAUCCUCGAUAGCGCCGACGAUGAGGCAUUAUGGGGAAAGAGAUCGGAUCCCACCGAUGAGAACUCCACACUCGCGGAAUGGUUACCAAACCCAACUAAUGGCGCCACCAUCAUCACCACCCGAUCCCGAUGGGUGGCUAGCCACCUUGCAGGAAAAGAGGUGACCAAAUUGCGGGCGAUGUCACUGGAUGAAGCGAGGACAAUGUUUAGAAAUGCUUUGGAGAAACCAGACAUGGCCGCGGAUGAGAACGACACUUCCGUCUUGCUUGACAAACUAACUUACCUCCCACUGGCCAUCUUCCAGGCUGCCUCUUACAUGAAUAUGACUCAAGAACCUUUAAAGACUUACCUGGAACUCAUGAAUGCACCUGAAGAAGAACUGAUCAGGUUACUCAGCGAAGAUUUCGGCGAUCGAUCUCGAUAUUCUAGUGCCCGCAAUCCGGUCGCCACCACCUGGCUCAUCUCGUUCAAUCAUAUUCGCGCAUACCACCCAUUAGCUGCGCGGUUUCUCAGUUCCAUGGCUUGCCUUCAUGAAAAGAAUAUUCCAGAGUCUCUACUGCCGGAGGUCGACUCAAGGAAGGAUGCUGUUGAAGCUCUUGCCACGCUGAAGAGCUAUUCCUUUGUGACGAAGCAGACAGGAAGCAAAGGCGGGAUGAACCAUGAGUCGUUCUAUGACAUGCACCGCCUAGUACAUCUUGCUGCACGAAAUUGGCUGAGGAAAGAAGGUACCCUUGGUGAUUGGAAGAGGUCCAGUGUUGCACGACUCGCCGAGCUGUUUCCUGCGGGAGACCAUCAGUACAAAGAUGUUUGGACGGCUUAUUUGCCGCACGCUCAGAGACUCUGUGGAGAUAGCUUGAUUGAAGAUCUACCUGAGCAGUACAAGCUCCUCCAAAAGAUGGGUCGGUGUCUCUUUGCCGAUGGCAAGUACAGUGAAGCUGUGAACGCACAUGCCGCUGUAGUGCAUUGGAGGGAGCGCACGUUGGGAUCGUCCGAUAAGGAGACAUUACGGGCCUACAAUUACCUUGGCGAGGCAUUGAACUGGGAGGGUGAUCACCGUACAGCAGAGAAGUACCUUCAGCAGGCUCUCCAGAGACUGAAGGAAGUAGUUGGGGCAGAGGAUCCCUCGACGCUGACCAGCAUGGCUAACCUGGCCAUGACAUACUUGCAUCAGGGUCGAUGGAAGGACGCAGAAGUUCUGCAGACCAAAGAAUUAGAUAUAUGUUCAAGAGUGCUAGGGCCGGAGCAUCCCGACACGCUGACCGGCAUGGCUAACCUGGCCGCGACGUACUCGAAUCAAGGUCGAUGGAAGGAUGCAGAAGUUCUGCAGACCAAAGGAUUAGAUAUAUGUUCAAGAGUGCUAGGGCCGAAGCAUCCCGACACGCUGACCAGUAUGAAUAACCUGGCCCACACGCUCAAAGACCAAGGCCAUGAUGAGAAAGCUACCCAGCUGAUGACUUCCUGCAGAGAAAUGAUGGAGAAGGUACUCGGUCCUUCGCACCCUAACACCCAAAGGGUAGCGAAUACUUUGGUGGCAUGGCUGAGCACGGGCAGUGAUACUGACUCAGAUCAAGAGGUCCAAAGUGCUGACCAUAUGCCAGGAGCACGGGUUGAAUGA